GUGCCCUGAAUUGGUAGGGCUUGAAUUUGCCCAGGAUUUUGUCCAGAUUGGAUCGUUGGUGUCAGAGGUUAGCUUGACUCUACAUGGCCUUGGGAGCUGGUACAUAUACAGAUGCCUGGACUUUAGCACAGACCUGCUGCAUCAGACUCUUCCUGGGUGGAGUUCAAAUGUAUGGCCUCACAAGUCUUGGUCUACCCCCCGUAUGUUUAUCAAACUCAGUCAAGUGCCUUUUGUAGUGUGAAGAAACUCAAAGUAGAGCCAAGCAGUUGUGUAUUCCAGGAAAGAAACUAUCCACGGACCUAUCUGAAUGGUGGAAACGUUGGAAAUUCUCAUCCUCCCACGAAGGGUAGUGCUUUUCAGACAAAGAUCCCAUUUAACAGACCUCGAGGACACCACUUUUCGUUGCAGACAAGUGCUGUUGUUUUAAAAAACACCACAGGUGCUACCAAGGUCCUAGCAGCUCCGGCGCAGCGAGCUCCCGUGGAGGCACUUCCCGCUGGGGCGUGGCAGCACAGGCUCGGCUUCCUGGAAGGCCCCCCGAGAUGUGGAUUGAAGCGCAAGAGUGAGGAGCUGGAUCACCACGGCAGCGCAAUGCAGAUUGUUGACGAGCUGUCCGUACUUCCUGCAAUGUUGCAGACCAGCAUGGGAAAUCCAGUGACACUUGUGACAGCCACUACGGGAACAAAGCCAAAUUGCACCAGUGGAGAGGGCGACUACCAGUUAGUGCAGCAUGAAGUCUUGUGCUCCCUGAAAAAUACUUACGAAGUCCUCGAUUUUCUGGGUCGAGGCACUUUUGGCCAGGUAGUCAAAUGCUGGAAAAGAGGGACAAAUGAAAUUGUAGCAAUCAAAAUUUUGAAGAAUCACCCUUCUUAUGCACGUCAAGGUCAAAUAGAAGUGAGCAUAUUAGCAAGGCUCAGUACUGAAAAUGCCGAUGAGUAUAACUUUGUACGAGCUUACGAAUGCUUUCAGCACCGGAACCAUACCUGUUUAGUCUUUGAGAUGCUGGAACAAAACUUGUAUGACUUUCUGAAACAAAAUAAGUUCAGUCCCCUGCCACUAAAAGUAAUUCGACCCAUUCUUCAACAAGUGGCCACUGCACUGAAAAAAUUGAAAAGUCUUGGUUUAAUCCACGCUGACCUCAAACCAGAGAAUAUUAUGUUGGUGGAUCCUGUUCGGCAGCCGUACAGAGUUAAAGUAAUAGACUUUGGGUCAGCCAGCCACGUAUCAAAGACUGUUUGUUCAACGUAUCUGCAAUCUCGAUACUACAGAGCGCCAGAGAUCAUAUUGGGAUUGCCAUUUUGUGAAGCCAUAGACAUGUGGUCACUGGGAUGCGUGAUUGCAGAAUUAUUCCUGGGAUGGCCGCUCUACCCAGGAGCCCUGGAGUAUGACCAGAUUCGUUACAUUUCUCAGACUCAAGGUUUACCAGGAGAACAGUUGUUAAAUGUGGGUACGAAAUCCACAAGAUUUUUUUGCAGAGAAACAGAUAUUUCUCAUUCUGGUUGGAGAUUAAAGACACUGGAAGAGCACGAGGCAGAGACAGGAAUGAAGUCUAAAGAAGCCAGAAAGUACAUAUUCAGCAGUCUGGACGACAUAGUGCAUGUGAACACAGUGAUGGAUUUAGAAGGAAGUGAUCUUUUGGCUGAGAAAGCUGAUAGAAGAGAAUUUGUUGGUCUGUUGAAGAAAAUGUUGUUAAUUGAUGCAGAUUUCAGAAUUACUCCAGCUGAGACUUUGAACCAUCCUUUUGUUAAUAUGAAACAUCUUCUAGAUUUCCCUCAUAGCAACCAUGUAAAGUCCUGUUUUCAUAUUAUGGAUAUUUGUAAGUCCCACCCAAAUUUAUGUGACACAAAUAAUCACAAUAAAGCUUCACUUUUAAGACCAGUUGCUUCAAGCAGUACUGCUAAUCUGACAGCAAAUUUUACUAAAAUUGGCACAUUAAGAAAUCAGGCCUUAACCACAUCUGCUCAUUCGGUUGUGCACCGUGGAAUUCCUCUGCAGGCUGGAACUGCUCAUUUUGGUUGUGGUGAUGCUUUUCAUCAGACACUGAUUAUCUGUCCCCCCGCUAUUCAAGGUAUCCCUGCCACGCAUGGUAAACCCACUAGUUAUUCAAUAAGGGUAGACAAUGCAGUCCCACUUGUGACUCAGGCCCCCGCUGUGCAGCCACUGCAGAUCCGAGCAGGGGCUCUUUCUCAGACAUGGUCUGGUAGAGCACAGCAGAUGCUGGUCCCUGCCUGGCAGCAGGUAGCACCCCUGGCUCCUGCUGCUACGACACUGACGUCAGAGGGGGUGGCUGGUUCGCAGAGGCUUGGAGACUGGGGGAAGAUGAUUUCACACAGCAAUCCGUACAGCUCAGUGAUGCCACAGCCUCUUCUCACCAACCAGAUAACUUUGUCAGCUCCUCAGCCUAUUAGCGUGGGCAUCGCCCAUGUGGUCUGGCCUCAGCCUGCCGCCACCAAGAAAAAUAAACUGUGCCAGAACAGGAGUAAUUCAUUGCAGAAUACCAAUGCCCCACAUUCAGCAUUUAUUUCUCCAAAGAUAGUAAAUGGGAAAGAUGUCGAGGAAGUGAGUUGUGUAGAAACACAGGACAAUCAUAGCUCAGAAGGAGAGGCGAGACGUUGUUGUGAGACGCCCGUCAGGCAGGACUCUGACUCCUCGGUUCCAGACAGACAGCGACAGACCAUCGUCAUCGCCGACUCCCCGAGCCCGGCAGUCAGCGUGAUCACCAUCAGCAGCGACACUGACGAGGAGGAGCCGGCACAGAGACAUGCGCUCAGAGACUGUAAAGGCAGUGUGGAUUGUGAAGCGUGCCAGAGCACUUUGAACGUCGGCCGCAUGUGCUCCUUAAGCAGCCCCGACAGCACUCUGAGCAGCAGCUCCUCGGGGCGGCCCAGCCCGUCCCCUUGCAGGAGACCAAGCAGCAUGUCAGAUGAAGAGCAGGAAAGUGGCUGCGAUACUGUGGAUGGCUCUCCACCGUCCGACUCCUCGGGACGUGACAGUCCAUUUGCAGAGCGCAGUUUUGUGGAGGACACGUCUCGAAACGCAGAACUGGGAACUGCCGCAGAAACCAAACCAGCUGUCUGUACUGUUGUGGUGCCACCACUGGGACUAGAAAAUGGAUUAAAUGCUGAAGAGCAUAUGGCAAAUACAGAUUCUAUAUGCCAGCCAUUAAUAAAAGGACGAUCUGCUCCUGGAAGAUUAAACCAGCCUUCCACAGCGGGUAAUCGUCAGCAAAAACUGACAUCAGCAUUCCAGCAGCAGCCUUUGAACUUCAGUCAGGUUCAGCACUUCGGAUCUGGGCAUCAGGAGUGGAAUGGAAACUUUGGGCAUCGAAGACAGCAAGCGUAUAUCCCCACAAGUGUUACCAGUAAUCCGUUCACUUUCUCUCAUGGAAGUCCCAGUCACACAACUGUGCAUGCCCAUCUGGCUGGGAACACGCACCUUGGGGGACAGCCUACUCUGCUUCCAUACCCAUCGUCAGCUGCCCUCAGUAGUGCUGCGCCAGUGGCCCACCUCUUAGCCUCUCCGUGUACCUCAAGACCUGUGUUACAGCAUCCAAGUUAUAAUAUCUCCCAUCCCAGUGGCAUAGUUCACCAAGUUCCGAUGGGCAUAAAUCCCCGUCUGUUACCAUCCCCAACCAUUCAUCAGACUCAGUACAAACCAAUCUUCCCACCACAUUCUUACAUUACAGCCUCACCUGCAUAUACUGGAUUUCCAUUGAGUCCAACAAAACUCAGCCAGUAUCCAUAUAUGUGAAAACUCAAAAAGAGUAUAUUGAGGAAGCUCAAUGAUUUAAACAUUUGAUUAAAAGUAAAAACAUGGUAUUUAAUAAUAUUAGCCAUGGCACAAGAAAAUUAUUUUUGAAUCAUGUAGACUUGGGUGCAAUUUAAACAACUUUGAGCUUUAAAAAAACUCACUUUUAAUGUGUUUUGCACAUUUGGUAUAACUUGUCUUUAGUCAUGUUAUCUUCUUACGUAGUAACUCUAGACAGGUGACUUAUGGGAGCAGAAGUCCAGUUUUGCUCCUGCUAUUUUUUAUAAAAUUGCCUUCUAACUAGUGCAAGACACGUCCGUGUUUGGGAAGCCAUUCUGUGUACAGACUUAGAGCAACAGAUGCACAUGUGUCAGAAUUACAGCAUACAAGUGAAUUGUAUUAUCUGUGUCUUAGUGUGUAAAUGUUGGGUCACUUACCUAAGAAAUUGAGCUAUUGUUCUUUACAUUUGCAUGUGUCUUUGCAUGGGCAAAACGUUGCCUAGACUUUGCUCUUAAAUGUUGUUCUAAUAAUCUCAGCUACAUUGUAAACCGUUCCCACACAUAGUGCCUUAAAUAUUUGAGGUUGUUAAUGUUAUUUCCUAUCUAUAAAUGUUGAGGACUGCAGCACUUAAAUUCAGACCUGCUCUUGGGUUUUCUUUUGAUAGAGUAGUGUUCAUUUUUGGUUUUGUGUGGUAUGAUUUCAGGUCAUAGCUGUUUUCUCCUUACUAAGAGGGCAGCAUGUUUGCUAUUGCUGAAUUCUGCUGUCUGAUAUCCAGAAUGAUCUAGCUUCAAGAAAGCAAGCAGUUAGUAGUGCUUACGAAAAAUUGAUUCAGUAUCUAAUGGAUAGUUGAUGGCUGUCACAGCACAGCAUUUUAUAUAUUGUCGAGUGAAACUGCAAUACAAUCUACGUUUCUUUGGGGAGUGUUUGCUAUAUAAUUGGAUUUAUACAAUGUUUAGAGGUGCAGUAGGCAUGACUUUGAGUAGAUAAUGAAAGAAAAUGCAAAAUACUCAUUGAUUCAUGAUGUGGUUUCAUCUUAGCUUGGGCACACCAUGCAGUAUUUAAUAAAUAGUAGCAGAAUAUUUACUAUUGAAGCUUGAAAAGAUGUGAGUUAUUUGUGUGCAAUUCUUCAUUUAUGCAUGUGAGCGGGUUUGGGUUCUUUUGGAGUAUUUUCCGUUGUAGGACUCGUUUUGCUUGGUGGUGGUGUUUGCUUAUUUAAUACAUUCCGUCAGGGACAGAAAUUACAUGCUUUUUCUCCUAGGAGGUAUGUCUUGGGUUUUUCCCUUCUUAUUCUUUUUUCUUUUUUGGUGGUGGUGAUGUUUAAAUGAAGUUGCUUUUACAGCACCAAAGACUUAAUCAUCCAUUUCCUCUAUAAAAGGUAGCUACUUUUUGCAUAGACCUCAAGUAUAUUGUAGUAUAGAGUGGAAUUUAAGAAAAGGUAUUAAACUGGCUGUGUUUUAGCUUAUGGGCGAAUAAUACAUUGUAUCAUUUAUCUUGAAUGUAUCAUAGAUAAGCUGCUAUAUAAGAUUGCCACUCAGAUAGCUGUGAAAUUAGGUGACUAGUUGUUAUUUAGCCUUCUAAUUUCUGUAUAAGUCUAAUUACAUGAACUAGAAUUUGGGGUUUUGAUUUUUUUACUUUGCUCUUCUGUUUGGAGUGUCAUUGUAACUACUGUAUUGUAAAUGAUGGAAAAUAAUUGCAUAUGUUAUUUUGGGGUGUGUUAUUUGCAUCAGUAUUUUAUCUAUUAAUGUUUGUGCUCAUCACUGCAUAUAAAAAACUUGGAUGUAUCAAUGUAACUUAAUUUUUUAUUUUCAUACUGGCAUUGUAGACAAUUGAGAAAACUGUAUCUUGCAGGCUUGACUUAACUUUUUUUCUUUAAAAAAUCUGGAAUAUAAUCUUACAGCAUUUACUGGAAUAAACAGUAGAAGAAAUCAUUUGAGGGUAAAACUCUCCAGAUGUUUUGGAUUGACAGCAUUUCUUUGACAGAUAAAUUGCAUACCACUAGUGCAGCUCUUGGACAGCAUUGAUGAUGAGCUAAUAAUGGGUAAACUUUUCUUUGCUCCAUUAACACAGGCAGUGUUUUAUUUAAUAAUCGCCAAUGAAAUAAAUGUGCCUGAGAUUGAUUUUAAAAAUUACAGUAUUAGAUCAUUAAAUAAAAACCAGCAGUACAUUUUUAAGUCACACUGAAAAUGAAGGACUUAAUUUUCCCCACAAGUUUCAGUGUUUUUAGUAAUCAAUUCUAUGCAUUUUAUAUAAAUAGAAAUAUAUGUAUAUUACACACGAAAAAGGAGUAGCCUAAGAUUAAUUUAAAGGAUUAUUUACAGAUAGCAAAUUUAUGGAGUUGCUAUUUGAGGAAACUUGCUGCCCUCCACAGCCUUCUGAUUUUAUCGACAUGGUCCAGCAGAUGACGGCAUCUUGACAUUUCUUGGAAAAGAGUUAAAUGCUGGCAGCAGGUGUUUCAGAAACACCACGUGCAAAGGGUUGAUUGGUGUUCAUUUGACAACAGGUACAAAACUGGCGCAGUUUUCCUUCAGUUUGGAGCCUUGUGUACUCCCCUGACGUGUCGUAUUUACUGUAUUUCAGUUCGAAGACUGAGAUGGCCUUGUUAAAUUGACAGUAAAUGGUAAACUUCACUGUUUUCGUAAUAUAAUAGUACUAUUUGAUAAGAGCUUACCCCAGUUAAGUACACUGUCCUUAACUGAUUCUAAUCAUGGGCUUUUUAUGUGUUUAAAAAUAAAAAUUUUCAAAAUCCUGCUAAAGUCUAAAUUUCACAUAUUGACAGAAGAAUCUGGAUUUAUACCCUCUUUAAAAUCCUUUUUAUCAGUUUUAUUUGAUUUUAAUGUUUUCUUAAAUAAAACACUGCAUGACUUCCUAGUUGCAUAUUUGCAUACUAUUUUAAUUUGCAAAUUAUUAUUUUUUGUCAAAUAUCCUAAUGUUUAGUUUUCUUUUUCUUCAGGGUAUUUAACUAAAUAUGUUACUAUAGUAGCAAAACCUUUUCAUUUUUAAAAUCUCUACUACUAAUUUUCAACUUGGUUUGUGUUAAGUAAAAGUUAAAUCAUACACUGCAAGGUCUAGGAGGUUUGUUUUAACGAGUCCAACGAUAGUUGAUUACUAAGUUUGAACUGUUAACUGUUAACAAUGUUAGACUCGUGGCUUUCUUUCUUUGGUUUGUUUUUGCUUUUCCUUCUAUGCUACACUAGUUUGCCAUGUAGCAAUUGCACUGUGCAAUAUUACAAUAAGGACUGGGAAAAUUUUUAUGGAUGUAAUGUCUAUUACGGUUUGCGAUAGUAUUUCUCUCUAGUUCUCAGUGAUUUAAAUGUGACCAAGCCUUCUGUACUUUGUCACAAAAAGCGGGUUUUCCAGGUGACUAUUUUGGUGAGUGUCAAAAUAAAAAUUUAUGGUGUAUUAUUGUCGAUUCACUUUGAAUUAAAAUAUAUAUAUUGCAGCAAA